AUGUCAGCCAACGAUUUUUACAGCUCAGGCCAAAAGGGCGAGAGAUCCGAUAACAAUUACCAAAGCAGCAAUCAGGGUGGUCCCCAGCAGGGUGGCCAAGGUCAGCCCCAGGGCCAGGGCGAGGAAGGUGGAGACCGUUCUCUCCUUACCUCUGCCAUUGGUGGUGCCAUGGGUGGUCGUUCAAGCGGUGGUGGAAUCGAGAACAUGAUUGGUAACAAGAUUGGCCAAAUGAUGUCUGGUGGAGGCAACCAGCAGCAGCACAGCUCUGGCGGUGGUCUUGGUGGUUUGUUCGGCGGAGGUAACAACAAUAACCAUAACCAGAACUAUAACCAGAACCAAGGCGGUGGUGGUGGUCUUGGCGGCCUUGCCAGUAUGCUUGGUGGCGGUGGUAACAACCACAACAACCAUCAAGGUGGUAAUUACGGCCGUAACGAUAACUACGGUGGUAACAACAACUACGGUGGAAAUAACGGCGGCAGAUACGACAAUCAAGGUUCCAACCAGGGAGGUGGCUCUGGCGGUCUUCUUGGUAGCGUGAUGGGUGCUAUCGGUGGUGGAGGCAACAAGAACUCCUAUGGUGGCUCCCAUGGCGGCUCCCACCAAGGCGGCGGUGGUAGAUAUAACGAUAACGACAGCUCUUGGGGCUACAACAGUCAGGGUGGCAACCAUGGCGGUAACCAAGGUGGCUACGGUGGAAACCAAGGUGGUAACUACGGUGGCAACCAAGGCGGUUAUGGAGGUAACCAGGGUGGAAGAUGGUGA